AUGGCACCGCUCGCAACGACCAACAUGCCGUCUCCGCGCUCAGCCUCGACCUCGACCGCGACAACAUCGCCAUCACGGCCCUCCAGAACGACUCGUAGAAGCCCAAGGAGACGGGGUCGCCUCUUGCCGGCCCUUCUGGCAUCGGCAGCCCUCGUCCCGACAGGUUCCCAUGCGCUCUUCGGCUUCGGCGACAAGCGCUUCAAGUACGAGGGCCUCAUCAAUGCCGGCUCCCUCGGCCUCGACCGCUUGACCGGACAGGUGGUCGCAUGGGGCGACUGGAACGGCGACCAGUUCCUCGACGCCAUCACCCUCGAUUCAGAUCGCAGGUCCAUAGCCGUCCACCAGUGGAACCACAAGACCUUCAGCUUCGAACCAAAGGCGGCCGCCACCCUCUCGCUGCCUCCCGGUAUCGCAGCGACCAACAUCGUAGCGGCCGACCUCAACUACGACGGCAGGCUAGACCUCCUCGUCAUGUCUCAGUCGGCCACCGCCUCCUCUUCCGACGAGCUCAACAUGUCCGUCUACCUCGGCACUACCGAUGGCUCGGGCUUCGAGCAGCAGCCGAUCCCGGCCCCACCGUCGACCCUGGCGCAGCCGCUCUCAAUCGACGCAGCGGGCGACAUGCAGAUGGAUCUCCUCGGGCAUCCCUCGUCGAGAAUGGGCGCAGCGCCCGGCUCCGAUGGCUCGUCUCUCAAGCUGUGGAGGAACUUGCUGGCCGAGUCGAAUCGCACCAGCACCGACGCCUUUGACAUUGUCGAUGCACCGUUCCUCACGCCCAACGGACCUGCCCCCGCCUGCAAGCUGUCCAAUCCGCACAGCUCCGCCUAUGUCGAUCUCAACGGCGACUGCCUAGCCGAUCUCUUCCUCGUCUGCGGCACGCCCGACCAGCUCACCUACCAGAUCUGGACCGCGACAAAGCCAGAGACCAAGCACGGCGAAUCUGGCUUCACGUUGGCCACGAGUGGGAGCCUGCCACCGGGCACAGGCGCCCUCAGCUUUGCCGACAUGGACCGCGAUGGCACGAUUGAUGUCAUCUUUCCCACCUGCGACUCGCGCGGCGACAACUGCUUCAUUAACGUCGCUUAUAACCGUCAGGUUCCACUCUGCUCGAUCAAGAGCGACGGCUUGUUCGGAUCUGGGCCCGGCUCAAAUGCGGCAGCAAAGAGACGCAGCAUCAGCGACGAGGCGACUGCGGAAGGUCUGCAAAGGCGCGCCCUACCUCUGACCUGCCGGGACCCACAGGACCUGUGCACGGCCGACGACAAGUUCCGCUUCGACUUCUCCAUCCGCGAUGAUAAUUCGGAUCUACUUCGGGUCCCGCUGCAGAGUCUCACUGGCGACGCCCGAUAUCUGGCCGCAGAUUCCCUGGCGCCAUCGGGAUCGGCUGUGCCCACCGCACUCCAGCUCGGCGACUUCAAUAAAGACGGACACCCGGACAUUGCGCUCGUGACGGUGCCUGCGAAGCGAAGCGGAGGUGGAUCAAACGAUGCGAAGGGUCUAGGAGAGACGCGAGUCCACCUCCUGCAGAACGAGGCCUGCAGCGAGAUCGACGCCUCUGACCGAUCGAAGCUCGGCUGCAGGGCGGGCGGUGGGCAGGGAGACGGGCGGACGUUCAUCAAGGUUCAGGACGGAGCGGAAGUCCUGGGUGGGUUCAACGACGUGCGGACCGUCAGCUGGAUCGACGUCGACGAGGAUGGUACGCUGGAUCUGAUGCUGCAGCGCAAGCCUGCAAACGGCGACGGCAAGGACGGCAGCCGCCGCGUCACCUUCAUCCAGAACAACUACUUUUACGACGCCUUCUUCCUCAAGUCGCUCACGCUCAACGGGGCUUGCCAGAGCUUUUGCGAGCCUGAAGGCCAGCCUCGUUUCAGGCCAUGGGGAACCAACUACGGAGGUGCAUCGUACAAGUUCACCGUGCUGGAUCCAAACGGCAUCCGUCGAGCGCAGCAGGUCGGACAGCUGCCACAGACAUCGUACCGCUCGCUGCUGACGCCCUACAGCUACUUUGGGCUGGGGCGAACGAACAACUACGUGGAGUCUCUCUUCAUCGGGUCGACGCGGCGGCAAAAGGAGCACUACCUCGCCGUCGAGGGCAUCAUACCAAAUAGCCAGGUCGUCAUCAACCCGUGGCAGGGCGGCGAUCCGACGACGGCCGACCGCGGCGAUCCGGGCAUGUGGACCAAGCAGCUCUACCUCUCGCCCGGCGACUGGAUCCCGUGGGUCACCGUCGUGCUCAUCACCACGAUCAUUGGGCUCGCCGUCAUUGUCGUCGUGCUGCAUCUCAACGAAAGGAGGGAAGAUGAGCGGGAGAGGAAGCGUGCGGUGCACGCCAUCAACUUUGACGCCCUCUGA